CUGGGGUACUUGUUCACAUCUCCUCAAAAGUAUGUCUGACUCUUAUAGUGAAUUUAUGCCGCGUUCACAACCCCGUUGAAACUAAGAAACUCGGAUAUUCUGACUUGCUAACGGGUUGAACAUGCCACGUGUUUCCUAGUUCCGACUGGUCCAUGAACGCAGCAAAAUCUCUAUUGUGACCGAUCUCUGAUUGGCCAUUGAAAGGGGCGUGCGUUGGAUCCGGACGAAGAGAAACAAAGAUGGCGGCAGUUACCAGAGGCUCAUUCACAUUUAUGAGACGCUUGCUCUUGGCACAUCGGCACAAGCGUUGCUGCUCCAGGGUCCAAACUGGCCGACCAGACUACACCCGUCAUCCCCACACUGUCUUCAUCCCUCAGCUGUGCAGCUCUAGGUUUUUCCACACCAGUUAUGUCACAUCAGGACCAAUUCUGCCAUUCAAUCUCUCAGAUAUUGGCGAGGGCAUCAUGGAGGUGACGGUGAAGGAAUGGUAUGUGAAGGAAGGAGACAAAGUCUCCCAGUUUGACAGCAUCUGUGAGGUACAGAGUGACAAGGCGUCUGUCACCAUCACAAGUCGUUAUGACGGUGUCAUUAAAAAGCUCUACUAUGAGGUUGAUGCCAUAGCCUUAGUGGGCACACCCCUGGUGGAUAUCGAGACAGAGCCCGGUCCGGAGGUGGCCCAUGAGGAGGAUGUUGUGGAGACCCCGGCGAUGUCAAACGAUGAGCACACACACCAGGAAAUCAAGGGACACAAGACCCAGGCCACCCCUGCAGUCCGUCGUUUAGCCAUGGAGAACAAUAUCAAGCUGAGUGAAGUGGUCGGUACCGGGAGAGACGGACGGAUCCUCAAAGAGGACAUCCUCAACUUCCUGGCCAAACAGACAGGGGCCAUCUUACCCCUGACCCCAUUCCAUGAGAUCCAGCCACCCCCUCCCGCAGCAUCCGCCCCAUCCUCGGCCUCCAUGCCCAAGAUGAAGCCCCCACCAAGUGUACCGCUCCCUGUCAUCUCCAGGCCCGUCUUCACGGGCAAGGACAGCACUGAGCCCCUGAAAGGUUUCCACAAAGCAAUGGUGAAGACCAUGACUGCAGCUCUGAAGAUCCCCCAUUUUGGUUAUAAAGAUGAAGUGGAUUUGACGAGGCUGGUGCAGCUGCGCAAGCAGCUGAAGGGCCUGUCAGAGGGUCGCGGGGUCAAGCUCAGCUACAUGCCCUUCUUCAUCAAGGCUGCUUCACUGGGCCUUCUCCAUUUCCCUAUCCUCAACGCCUCGGUGGACGAGGCUGUUCAGAACAUCACCUACAAGGCAUCCCACAAUAUUGGUCUGGCCAUGGACACGAGCCAGGGCCUGCUGGUGCCCAAUGUGAAGAAUGUGCAAUUGCUGAGUGUGUUUGAGAUCGCAGUGGAGCUCAAACGCAUGCAGACCCUGGGCGCCACGGGCCAGCUGGGCACGGCCGACCUCACAGGAGGCACCUUCACCCUCUCCAACAUCGGCUCGAUUGGAGGCACUUAUGCAAAGCCAGUCAUUCUGCCUCCUGAGGUGGCGAUUGGCGCUCUUGGAAAGAUCCAGGUCCUGCCAAGGUUUAACUCGAGGGACGAGGUGGUGAAAGCUCACGUCAUGAAUGUCAGCUGGUCGGCAGACCACCGGAUCAUCGACGGGGCCACCAUGGCGCGGUUUUCCAACCUGUGGAGGGACUACUUGGAGAACCCGGCCUCUAUGGUCCUGGAUAUGAAAUGAGCCUGCAGUACCCUGGCCUGCGUCCUCUGGGCGCAAGCCCAGCAAUGCAAAACCAGCCCCCAUGAUGAUGUGAAGUUGGUCUACGUCCUCUGACUCUUUGGGUAGUCACUUUGACUGGGUGUUACUGGUCACCAUACUGCUCCUGCCCCCUUGGCCUUCCAAACCUUUCUUCCUCCGAACAUGGAUGGUUGCACACGCCACGGCACCACAAGUUCCCUACUACUCGACGUUGUGAAACUAACCUCUAGUUGCUGGCUGUUUUUAUCUUUGUGUGUGGCCUUAGUUUGAUUGCUCUCUUCUGGUUGCCUUACUGACAUAGGAUGGGUAUGAACAGUAGCGCUUUCUCCUGUAGAGCAGAAUGUUGGAAAACAAACCUUUUUAGUAAACCUGUUGUAUUUCUGAAAUACUGUAUAACCCUGUAAAAAUGUCUUUGCACCUUUUUUUUGUUUUCUUACAGCCCCACACAUUCCCUCAUCAAUGCUAGAAAGCUGUUUUCAAGAGAAUGUGCGGUUUAGUGAUUCCCUAUGAAAAGCGUCAUUGCACAACAUGCGCUUGUUAGUGUUCAUAUCAGCUACAGUGCCUUCAGAAAGUAUUCAUACCCCUUUACUUAUUCCACAUUUUGUUGUGUUACAGCCUGAAUUCAAAAUUGAUUAAAUCGAUGCAAUACCCUACAAUGACAAAGUGAAAACAGGUUUUGAAAAUGAAAUACAGAUCUCAUUUACGUAAGUAUUCACACCAUUGAGUCAAUACUUUGUAGCAACCUUUUGGCAGGAAUUUCAGCUGUUAAUCUUUCUGGGUAAGUCUCUAAGAGCUUUCCACACCAGCAUUGUGCAACAUUUGCCCAUUAUACUUGUCAAAAUUCUCCAAACUCAAAUUGGUUGUUGAUCGAAGCUAGACAACCAUUUUCAGGUCUUGCCAUAGAUUUUCAAGUAGAUUUAAGUCGAAACUAACUUGGCCACUGGAACAUUUACUGUCUUCAUGGUAAGCAACUCCAGUGUAGAUUUUGGCCUUGUGUUUUAGGUUAUUAUCCUGUGUCUGGUGGAAAGCAGACUGAACCAUGUUUUCCUCUAGGAUUUUGCCUGUGCUGAGCGCCAUACCAUUUUCUUUUUAUCCUGAAAAACUUCUCAGUCCUUAACAAUUACAAGCGUAACAUGAUGCGGCCACCACUAUGCUUGAAAAUAUGGAGAGUGGUACUCAGUAAUGUGUUGCAUUGGAUUUGCCCCAAACAUAACACUUUGUUUUCAGGACAAAAAGUGAAUUACUUUGCCACAUCUUUUGCAGUAUUACUUUAGUGCCUUGUUGCAAACAGGAGGCAUGUUUUGAAAAUGAUUUAUUCGGUACAGGCUUCCUUUUCACUCUGUCAAUUAGGUUAUUAUUGUGGAGUAACUACAAUGUUGAUCCAUCUUCAGUUUUAUCCUAUCACAGCCAUUAAACUCUAACUGGCCUCAUGGUGAAAUCUCUGAGUGGUUUCCUUCCUCUCCGGCAACUGCGUUAGGAAGGACACCUGUAUCUUUGUAGUGACUGCGUGUAUUGAUACACUAUCAAAAGUGUAAUGAAUAACCUCAUGUUCAAAGGGAUAUUCAAUGUCUGCCUUUUUGUUUUUACCCAUCCACCAAUGGGUGCCCUUUGUGAGGCAUUGGAAAAACUCCCAGGUGUUUUGGUUGAAACGAUUUUAAAUUCACUGCUCGACUGAGGGACCUUACAAUUAUCUGUAUGUGUGGGGUACAGAGGUGAGGUAGUCAUUCAAAAAUCAUGUUAAAUGUGAUUUUUGCACACAAUGAGUCCAUGUACCUUAUUAUGUGACUUGUUCAGUACAUUUUUACUCCUGAACUUAUUUAGGCUUGCCAUAAAAAAAGGGGGUUGAAUGCUUAUUGACUCAAGAUAUUUCAGCUUUUCAAUUUCAAUUUGUAAAAAAACUUUGACAUUAUGGGUGUGUACUGUGUGUAGGCCAGUGAUAACAAAUCAACAUUUUUAUCAAUUUUAAAUUCACCACAAAAUCUGAAAAAAGUCAAGGGGUAUGAGUACUUUCUGAAGGCACUGUAUGAUAAUGUCAGCAGCUACUGGACAAAACACUCCAAUCUUUCCCCAAUUGUUAGUUUGAUCAAUUUGUGUUACGAAGUUGCUGCUUUUCUUGCUGUUUGAUCGUUUUUUUUUAAAGGAAAAUAUAAAGUUAUGGGUGGAAGUGAACACUUAAGCUGUGUUCGAAUACCCAUACUAACAUAAUGUAUACUACCUACUCAAUUUAAGUCACAAAUAAUGCGGUUAGUAUGAGUAUUCGAACACAACCUUAGUAUAGGAUUUUAGGAAUGCGUACUGUGGUCUCUGUAUUUUAGGGAGAUUGUACUAUUUGAAGGUGUGUGAGAAAUGCCUGUCUGACUUAAUCACCGUUUCUGAUAUUGUGUGGGUCCUGAAAACAAGUUUUAAUAAAUUUGAGGUGUAAAGAUUUA